CACUUGCCUGAUGCCUGGGUUUUCUUUGGUUGAUGUCUGGUUGGUGUCUUGUGCUCUUCUAUCGCUGUAUUUGAGCUUCUGAGUUACGCAUGUGGUAAUGAGGCUAGCUAUGCGCUGGCAUGAACUUCUCUGAGGCGAAAAGUUUUUAAAUUGUGAGAUAUUAGUUUUUGUAAGACUGGUGCAUAAGGGGCAAUGUUGCAAAUAAGGUCACUACUGGUCCUUCUGUUGGUGGCCAGAUGUGUUGCAGUGGAAGAAACCCAGAGUAAAGACUGUCUGUGCGGACAUCCUGGAAUACCAGGGGAUCCUGGACACAAUGGUGCACCGGGCAGAGACGGCCGAGAUGGACUCAGGGGUGAUAAAGGUGAUCAAGGUGAAAUUGGCCCAGCCGGACGAGCAGGUAACGACGGCAACAAGGGAGACAGAGGGGAGCCUGGUGCAACAGGCCCAGCAGGCCUCAAAGGAAAAAGAGGUGAUAAUGGAGAACGAGGGCCUCCUGGGAAAAUGGGCCCCCAAGGAGUGCAAGGGCCCAUUGGCCUGAAAGGAAAUAAAGGAGAGCUUGGGUUGCCUGGACCCCAAGGACCCAAAGGAGAUUUGGGGCCUCCUGGACCAGAGGGUCCAAAGGGAGAAAUUGGCCUUCGAGGUGACAGAGGGAUUCAGGGACCACUGGGACCACCUGGCAAGCCAGGCUUGAAGGGGGAAUUAGGUGUUCCAGGCCACAAAGGAAGUAUAGGUUAUCGAGGAGACAGAGGGCCUCGAGGUGAGAAGGGUGAUAUGGGUGAAAAGGGAGAUGCACUAAUUAUCCCUAAAAGCGCCUUCUCUGUGGGACUCACGGCUCAAACUAAACUUCCACCAGCGAACGCACCGAUCCGGUUUGACAAGAUUAUUUACAACGAGCAGAACCACUACAGUCCACAAACAGGAAGGUUCACAUGUUCGGUGGCAGGUGCUUACUUCUUCACCUACCACAUCACUGUCUUCUCCAGGAAUGUGAAGGUGGCCCUGGUGAAGAACGGGGCAAAAAUCAUUCACACCACAGAUAACUACCAGAGCAGCGAGGACCAGGCAGCAGGGGGCGCUGUGCUGCACCUGGAUGUGGGGGAUAAGGUGUGGCUGCAGGUGGCUGGAGGAGAGCUGUUCAAUGGGCUCUUUGCUGAUGAAGAUGAUGACUCUACCUUCUCUGGGUUCAUAAUAUUUGGAACCUAAUAUACAAUGCAUUCAUCUAUAAUUACUGGUAUUAGAAAUAGUAAAAUGUUUUAAACAAUAGAAAUCAGUCAAUAGAGAUCAACUUUCCACUCAAUUUUAGUUGAUUUUAUAUUGUGCAGUGGCAAAUGGUUAUAACGUACAUUACUGGAUAUCAUACAAAUUUAAUAAAUUCUAAUUUGCUUCAGUGUAAUCCAAUUCAUGUUCCUUAAUUCUUCUUCACCAUUAUAUUUAUAUAUUUAUAAAAGGAAACGUGUUUCUGUAAUUACUGCUAGUUCAAAUUCUAACAGCAAAACAAAUGACAAGCUUAAAAAACACAUUGUUUUAUUAUACAUUGAGCUACUCUGAAUGGUUGCUAAAACAUGUUAAAACAAGAAUAUUUCUUAAUAUGAAUGAAUCAGUGAUAAUAAACAUAUUAUUCUGCAUUAUGCUUCCUUUUCAAAACUUUACCUGCAUAAUUCUACUCAUGCAAAAUUUUUAAUGCAGGACCUUUUUGCUUAUAAUUGUAUAUAUAUAUAUAUUUUUUUUACACAUUUUGCUGCUACUUUAACUAAAUAAUGUGAAUUGCCUCCCAAUUCAGGCCCUGUGAAUGCAUGAUGUCGUUAAAUCAGAUCUGCUUUCUUGUAGGACCUUGAACAUGCAAUUCUUAUGAAAUAGAUGUCUAAAUCAGCCUGUAAGUUCAAAUGUGAUCUUAGCCAGGUGAAAUGUAAAUGUGCAAAGGUUAACUCAGCAUUGUUUUUAUCUUCCAAAUCGUUUAAUGUCUUACAAUAAAAAAGUCAUUAAAUCAUCUCAUUUCUUCUUCUGGUAUUUGAAAACGUAAUUCUACCGAAAUGAGUGUCACAAUCAGCCUGGAAUUUUGAAGGUGAUAUUAACCAGUUGAAAUUGAGGAGUGGAAAGUCUAACUGCAUUCUUUCUUCGUCUAGCCUGCUAAUGUCUCACAAUAAAUAAGUCACAAAGUCAAUCUUUCUCUUCCUCUGGUGAGGAAGGAAAAUGCAAUUCUACUAAAAUAUAUGUUAAACCUACCCUUUAUGCUCAAAAUUAUAUUAACCUGAUGAGUCUGUUUGCAGUAUCAUAAUAAAAAAAAGUACAGCAUUCAGGAAGCCAUUCAGAUUUGGAAAAGGGGGUGUAUAAAGUUUAACUGUAUUGUGUUUACUGCCAGUAAACAAGUCAAGAAUUCAUCUGCUUAUUUUCCUCUUUUACUUGAAUAUGUAAAUCUACUGAAAUGGAUGUUAAUAUCAGCCUGUUAGUUAAGAUAUAUUAUUUAGGAGAAAGCUUGCAAAGGUUAUGUCUGCAUUGUUGUUGUUUUUUUUUCUUUUAGUUUGUUUGCUGUAUUACAAUAAAGAAGUCACCCUGUUUGUUCCUCUGGUAUUUGAACAUGUAAAUCCACUAAAAUGUAUGUCAAAAUCAGCCUGUAAGUUCAAAGAUGUUAUUACCUACAGGAGAAUAUGUGCAUGUGUAUGCAAAUCUACUAAAAUCUAUGUAAGCCUACAAUUUCAAAAAUGAUAUUAAUCAGAUGAAAUUAAAGUGUACAAUAGUUAACUCUGCAUUAUGUAUUUCCUAUAGCCUGUUUGCUGUAUUACAAUAAAGAAGUUAUUAAGCCA